AAAAACCAUAGGUUUCACUUCCAUCGUCUCUGAGUAUUCAUCUAGCCUUUCACCCAAAACUCCAAAACCAUCCUGACUUCGCAAUCACCCAAAACCACCGGGUUUCCACCUUCCGGCAGCGUUUUCCGGCAACCCGCCACCGUCUUUCCUUCUUUCUCAAUCGUUUAGUUCUGUCAAGCUCCACCACUGGUAGAAGAUCUAGUGGGUUAGGGAUUUAGAGCUCAAGUUCCCCAUAUAGGAUUUCACCUCUGUUGAAGAGAUCAAACUCAAGUUUGGGGUCUUCCAAUUUUUGUGUAAGGUAAAUUAUCCUCUACGUUAAUCUGCAUCAGACUCCUACUUCUACAUUUUUGUUGAUUUGUGACCUUUCCAACAAAAAUCUCAUACAAGAAGACUGAACGAUGUUGGGAUUUUCAUAUGGAGAAAUAUUUUUGUUGCUGGGAGCCACUGCUGCUCUGAUUGGUCCAAAGGAUUUGCCGAUUAUAUCCAGAACAGCAGGGAGGUUAGCUGGUCGUGCUAUUGGUUAUGUACAACUAGCUCGUGGACAGUUGGAAACUGUUAUGCAGCAAUCUCAAGCUCGUCAGGUUCAUAAGGAACUUCAGGACACAAUGGCACAGCUAGAUGCUAUUCGGCAUGAAAUUCGAAGUAUAUCAAUCAUAAAUCCUGGCCCCUUAACUCGGAGACUUGAUAAUAUUGACCAUACAUUUAUCUCAGAUGACAACAUGAAACCAAAAGAUGAUGGGGUGAAUAACUUGAUAUCCUCUCUAACCAAGGAUUCAACUCCACUUCCAUCCAAUUCACGCAAUAUGCAAAGUCAAGCAACUACUUAUGCCAGAUUGGCAGAAGCCCCCGCCAUAAAGAAUGGUUCAUUGGCAAAUAGCACUGAAGUUGGGAAGAUUGAAGAUGAUCUACAACUUAUCGUCUUGCCAGUUUCUGCUGAAAAUACUGGACUCUUACCAAAUCGUGGGACUGAUGUGAAAGGAUCUGACAUAGUUCAAGAAGCAAUAUUGGAGGCAGAGGUAGCUCAUAAUGCAAAGGAAUUCUUUUCACAACCCCAAAAUCAAGUAUGAUUGAUAUGGUAAUCCUAUAUAAUACCUUAACUUUUCUAGAUGUUAGCAUUUGUAGUUUCACAUUGAUACAUAAUUAAUGUAUAUUUUAUCUUGAAGGUUUUGGUUGAUGCAUUUUCUUUGCUUUAUGUAAUUACUUCUUGUUCUUUAUGACAGAAAAUCGCAAGGAAUGUUUCUACUUUAACUGUUUUAAGAUACUAGAUCUUUCAUUGAUGCAAAAAAAUAAAUUUUUUGGCUCUUAAAA